AUUCAAUUGAAUAAACACAAUAGAAGAAGAAGAAGUAGAUUUGUUACAGCAAUGACAGAUACGCUCUAGCAGAACCCUGUGAUGGCAUCUCUUUUCAGUUUUCGAAAAGCGCUGGGUGUGGUGUUAGGCCGGGGGAUGCGUGGUCUUUCUCAGCUGGCGGAGCUGCCGGAGAUGCACCAGAUGCUCAGACAGACGUGCAGGGACUUUGCGGAGCGAGAACUGGCCCCCAUCGCCGGCAGGCUGGACCGAGAGCACACCUACCCCGCCAAGCAGGUGCGGGAGCUGGGGGCUCUGGGGGUCAUGGCAGUGGAGGUCCCGGAGCACCUGGGCGGGGCCGGGCUGGAUUACCUGGCCUACAGCCUGGCUGUGGAGGAGCUGAGCAGGGGCUGCGCUUCCACGGGGGUCAUCGUCAGCGUCAACAACUCUCUCUACCUGGGCCCCGUGCUGAAGUUUGGUAACGAAGAGCAGAAGGAGAAGUGGAUCACCCCUUUUACUACGGGGGAGAAAGUGGGCUGCUUCGCGCUGAGCGAGCCAGGCAACGGCAGCGACGCGGGCGCGGCCUCCACCGUAGCGACACAGGAAGGGGAGGAGUGGGUUCUGAACGGCACCAAGGCCUGGAUCACCAACAGCUGGGACGCGUCGGCCGCCGUCGUCUUCGCCACCACGGACAAGAGCCUGAAGCACAAGGGUAUCAGCGCGUUCCUGGUGCCCAUGCCCCACCCCGGGGUGUCUCUGGGUAAGAAGGAGGACAAGCUGGGCAUCCGAGCCUCCUCCACCGCCAACCUGAUCCUGGAGGACUGCCGUCUGCCUCUGGGCAACCUGCUGGGCCAGCGAGGCAUGGGCUUCAAGAUCGCCAUGCAAACUCUGGACAGCGGGCGGAUAGGGAUCGCCUCUCAGGCGUUGGGCAUCGCCCAGGCGGCGCUGGACUGCGCAGCCGACUACGCGCUCAAGAGGACGGCCUUCGGGGCGCCCAUAGCCAAGAUGCAGGCUAUCCAGUUUAAACUGGCAGACAUGGCUGUGGCAGUAGAGAGUGCCCGUCUUCUCACGUGGAAGGCGUCUCUGCUACGAGACGCUAAGAAACCCUUCUCUAAGGAAGCCGCCAUGGCCAAGCUGGCUGCAUCAGAGGCUGCUACGUUCAUCUCCCACCAGGCCAUCCAGGUGCUGGGGGGCAUGGGCUACGUGACGGAGAUGCCGGCCGAGAGGCACUACCGCGACGCCCGCAUCACCGAGAUCUACGAGGGGACGAGCGAGAUCCAGAGGCUGGUCAUCGCCAACCUGCUGCUCAAAGAGUAUCAGUCCUGAGGGGGGCGCUGCUGUUCCCCACCCCGCCCCGCCCUGCACCCCUCACUGCGCCUGUAGACCUGGGCCAAAUCGCCACUGUGGUGAGAGGAACAGGAACCCGCUCAUCGCCGUUUCUUCCAGAAGCACCGCGAAACCGUGUAUUAUUUAAUUUUGAACCUUGAACGUUUUGUUGUUUUGGGAAAGUCUUUCAGGGACAAAGCUGUCCCUCCUGAAGUGCCGGUGGUUCAUGUCCACUUGGACAUGCAACUCCCAUUUUGGCCUACGGGGGGAGACAUAACAGAGUGCCUGCACCUGUAGCCGGUACCUACACUUGUAGAAUGAAGUGCGUGUUUGUUUUAUAGAACACUGAAAAGCUAGCUACAGGUGCAUUGUUUUUCACACAACUCCUUUUGUUUUCUGGCAACUUGUAUAUAAAUAAUGUGAAUUCUGUAGAUUAUGCCAUUUUUAAGAAAUAAAUUAAUAAUCAGAA